ACGCACCCGAACAUCCAAUCUGUCCAACUGAUCGGGUCUUGGGACAACUUCUCAAAGUGUCACAAAAUGGAACGUGAUAGUCGGAGAGACCGGGGUCAAUGGCGAGGCUGUCACACUUUUCGGGAUAUUGUCUGUGAUGGCGAUGAAGUAGGCAAUAAACGCAAUGGCGGAUUAAAAAUGGGAUCAACAUAUUAUUAUUAUUAUGAAGUAGAUGGCUCUACGGAAACAUACGACCCAAGCAAACCCACGACGAAUACUUGUCCCUACCUUCCUGGACAAACUGUCAACACACUCGAGGUUCCUGUGGAACAGGCAUUGCGCAUGAGGAGUGCUUCGAUGAACUCUUUGCGUGCUGCUGACUUCAAGACGAUGGACCCUAGUGACAAGUUCAUCACCCCGAGGCCGGCCCCUCCCAUCCCCGAGAGAAUUAGCCCACGGGUUGGAACCUCUCCCGCCCCUGCCGUAUCGUUCAUCCACAAACGGUCAGCACGCUCCAUCUCGCCUACGUGGACAGGUGCGGCGCGAAGAUUUCUUGGAUUAAAGCCGUCGACCCGUGGUGGCGACCGCACCAAGACUCCCGAGGUCGACGAUGUCGAAGAGACUCGCUCGAUCGCUUCAAGCUACACACGGGAGGGGCCGCGGUCAGUUAGCUCGAUUCGCUCUGUUGCGAACAUCAGACUGGAAGGAACACGGAGCACCACACCAUCUGACGGCGUUCGCUCCCGGGACAUAUCGCCAGAAUCACUUAGGAGGUUUCUCUCUGGUGGCGCACCCGUCACACCGCCUGCUAUUGAGCAAGCCCCGCAACUUUCCAUUCCCGAGGAGAUUGUCGAAGAGAACGAGGACGACGAUAACUUCGCCACUUCGGCAGUAUCAGAGAGCGUACCUUUCACCACACUUUCUCCCCCACCCUUCCAACGUACUUUCUCCUCGCCUUCAAUUACU